GCUUUUUGCGCAACGGCAUAGAUUUACUUCUCUACUGGACAGCGAUGCGGCUGCUACAGCAUUCUCAAACGCUCUUGUUGCGGAUAGUAGGACCGUUAGUGAGGAUAGGAAUGAUAGGAGUCAUGUAGUAGCUCCAGAGACCACGACAAGUACUGCUACGGUCGACCAAAGAAGUAUUGAUCAACAUGAAGCGGGUGCAAGAACGGAUGGCGCUUCAGGAGUUGGUGAAAGUAGUUCGUCCUCAUCUUCUGCCUUUCCGUUUGCACCUGCGACGAGGGAUCAGGAGCACAACUCUCCGCAUAACGUCUCUGGAGUUGGUGCUGUAGCUAGCGUGCCAGAAAC